UUGGGACGUUCGUACGGUGGCCUGGAAGUGCACACUAAUCGGAAGAAUUUGUGACACGCUUUAUCAUGUCACGAUCCUAAAUAACUAGGUACCAAAGUACAGCAUUGUACUGUUAUAUCACUAUUCUAGAUUAUUUUGCGAGCGAACCUAAUUCCGAGGUUACUGAGUAAAAUCUUUUUACGAGUCGUCAGCAACUUUAAGUGCCAUCUUUGUGAUGCACAACAUACUGUUAAUCAGUCCUUGUGCUUUUGGCAUAUCUUCUUGAUCUUUUUGACAAAAUUUCUAAAGCAUGAGUUGAAGCACAGGGUCCAAACACGGAUUUGUAUUGUUUUUAUUUCCCCCGGUUGUCGUUAAGCCUCAAAUGCGGCUGUAACAGUCGUAAAGUAGAGCCGUUACGACAGUACUUUCGCGUCAUCAACAAGUCCUGAAUUGAACGGCCGGCAGGGAUCAUAUAAGGAUAAAUAUUUUAUUUGCUCUUCUUUUUUUUUAAAAAAAGAAAAUCCCGUCAUAAUAACACGCGAACGCAGUCAUGGUCAUCGUUCUUGAGAGGUGCAAAUUGGAACAAAUAAAAUUAAGGAGGUAAAAUGUACCUGAUUGGCUUGACAAUGCUAGCUAACCAGCUGCAAAUUGGAUAAGACAGAUCGUGUAUGCUAAAAUUCGACUAAAACGAGGGCUGCAUUUGGUUCGGGGAUAUUUUGUGACGUUUGACUCCGACAACUCCGUUCAGCACAAAUGUCAGCGCAAAAAGACUGCGAGUUUUUGGUCAAAAGAGCCCGGGAGCUUGUUCCAGACGACCCAUGUGCAGCUAAAGCCUGGCUCAUAACUGCUAGAACCCUUUACCCUGCCGACUUCAACAUACAGUAUGAAAUGUACAUCAUUGAACGGAAUGCAGAAAGGACGUCUUGUGCGGGGAGAUUGCUCUAUGACAUGUUCUUAAAUUUCCCAGAUCAGCCCAUUGUGUGGCGGGAGAUCAGCGUCAUCACAGCGGCUCUACGCAGUGACGCUCAGGACAAACAUUCGCAGUUCCUUCGAGGGCUUUUUGAAACACUGCCUGGCCGUAUACAGUGUGAGAUGUUGCUGAAGGCCACCGAGCAGUGCUUCAACACUUUGGAGAAGGCAGAGAUGCUGUUGCUCCUACUAAAACGGUUUCCAGAGUCUGUGGUCCAACAUGGGGUUAGUCUAGGCGAGACACUGUUGGAUGCAGAGACAUCUGAGAAAGUGGAGUCACCUGUUAAUUGCUUCAGAAAACUUUUUGUGUGUGACGUCCUUCCUCUGGUUAUAAACAACAUGGACAUGCGCCUGCCAGCCAGCCUGAUGCAGAAAUACAUCCUGAAAGCUGCUGAAUUCUACAUCGGUUAUGUGACCCGAAGACCUUCACUUGACGUACAGAUAAAUGCAUCUCAAGAAGGUGGUCCUCUAAAGUCUCCGAGUGUCUCCCGUGGCUCCCAGCGCUACGUUAUUGACGGCUUGUCAGAAAAGUCUUCAGUGGUUGCCGAACCUUGGGAAAGGCUGUUGGACCUUCUUUCUAUUGUUGGUGCUCGAUGUGAAUGGCAGGGCGAUAAAGGACAGAGGACUUAUAUGGACUUGCUUCAGAGAGUAAAGGAGCUAUGUCGCUACUUACCGGGCCUGGAGGGGGACACGAGAGCCCGCUGCUGCAGUCAGGUGGUCAUCUGCACUGCCCUCGUCCUCUUCCGUAAUGCUUUCCUCUACGUCUCAACUGUACAGCCAACGCUCUUUCAGGGUGGGAAUACGCUGAACUUGGGACCCUGGAUUCUUGUGGAAGAUUUCAGCUCAGUGUACAAUGAUGUGGAUAUCGAGAGAGGAUCAGUCAAACACGCGCACAAGAAGCGCAAAAUGGGAGAUGGCAGAGAAAAGACUUUUAGUUCAGACGAUGAGGAUGGCACAGGCCGACACAUCCUGGUGAACAAGUCUGAGAUGCCCAACUGGUCGGAGACUCUGGAGGGCUUUUACACAGCGAGGGAAAGCUGGGAUCUUCUUCAUUCUCACGAUAACCUUGAAACUGAGUUCAAAAAGAUGUGUGCCUCUUGGAAGACCGACACCUGGCAGUGGUUCCGAAUUUUCCUUAUUGACAUGAUCAUAUACCAGGGACAGUACCGUAAGGCCCUGUCCAGCCUGCAGCAGAUGGCAGCCAUGCAGCAACCUCAGUCGGGCCAGCAGAGCCCCUCGGGUCAGACCAGUCUGGAGCACCACAGGGCCCUCAUACAGCAGGCCUCGUGCCACUAUGCACUGGGAGAAUACAGGAUGGCCUGUGACAAGCUUCUCGAUGUUGUCAGUGGAUUGGAACCCCCAAACCAUGAACCAACAAAAACCUCGGAAGAUCAGCUGAGAGUCAAGCCCAAAAGCAAGAAGAGUCAUGACCUGCGAUUACUUCCAUGCACCAGCAAUGCCAUCUUACCUUUCUGCCUCCAGCUGAUGUUGGCCUGCUUUAAGCCGCGAGCCUUUACAGACAACCGGGACGACCUGUCGCUGGGUCACGUGGUGGUGCUCCUGCAGUACGACUGGCCGCAGGGCGAGAUGUUGUUUCUAAAAGCGGUGGAUAAGAUCUGCCAGCAAGGUGGUUUCCAGUAUGAGAAUUUCUUCAACUACGUCACCAACAUCGACAUGCUGGAAGAGUUUGCAUACCUGCGUACCCCCGACGGAGGGAGGAUCCAGCUGGAGCUGCUGCCCAACCAGGGAAUGCUGAUUAAACACCACACGGUGACGAGAGGGAUUACCAAAGGGGUGAAGGAGGAUUUCCGUCUGGCCAUGGAGAGGCAAGUCUCGCGUUGUGGCGAAAACCUGCUCAGUGUGCUGCACCGUUUCUGUAUCAACGAGAAAAUCAUCAUCGUACAGUCUCUCCCUUGACUCUUUAAAAACUUGAAAAAGGACAAAGGACUGACUUUUUGUCCAAAUGCAGAGACAAUAAUUUGUUUUUCAACAUUGUUAAUUAUGACGUCUAAUUCAGUGGUUGUGUCUUAGUUUCAACAUACAUAACUACAAUGUUUCAAGUAGUGUGUGUGAUAUUUUGACCAAGCUCAUCUAUGCUUGUGAGGAAAUGAUCAAAGAGUUUGUGUAAAUGUCUGGCAUCACUGUUCCUUUGUGAUACUUGAUCAAAACCGCCAUUUGGCACAGAUGGAAAAUGCGUUCAAAUAAGCACUUCCAGGUUGGAAAGGUGUUUGGAAAGCCUUUGCCAGAAACAUUUGUGAAUAAAUAUCUUCCUGACAUGGCCAAUCGAACUGAGCUACAGCAAUACCAAGUUUUGAAGCUCCUUGGAUUGUGCAAUUGUAAUUUGGACCGUUGGAUUUGCCUUAACUUGUAAAUAAAGCAACCAAGAAGCUGAAGAAGCUUUGUUGACUUUAUAAACAAAAAUAAUGAUCAUAUAGGCAUUGACAAUUGUUAAUGUGAUGGAUAGUAAUUUGCUAUGGAUAAAAAAAAAUCUGACGAAA